AGAUUUGUUAAAGUUAAAUAUAGCUGCUAUUAAAGGGUAGUAAAAAAGCACAGAAACAAUCUUGAAUAGUUUAGGGUCUCCAUACCUUUCCAAAUACUGAAGGCUAUAAUUGUUUCUGAGAAGAGCUUCAAGUUUUGUUAACAAACAUUAUUAUAGAUUCACCUGUUCUGAUACUAUGAUAAAGAAGAAUGAAAGAAGAGCAACGUCAAAAGCAAUAACAGGAUAUCAAAGUUUCUUAACAAUCCAUGUACAAGGAUUAUUCUCUAAAAUAUUAUGUGUACAAGAAAUCAAGCAACUCUUAAGUUACUUUCAAGCGGCACAGAGACCUACUGGUUUUAAUACUGACUAACAGCAGCAACGAAGUGGAUUACUGUAAGGGGCAAUUCACUCUUGCAGCUUGCAAAUAGCAUACAAGACUUUCCCUAAAACAAAAGGAUUUCCGAGGAUUUUCAGAUAAUACAAAAGGAUUUGCACAAAAGGUGUACGAGAUUUUCUUGUAGUGAUUUGCCGCUGGGAAUACUGUACCUGUCCAUAUAAGAGACAAGGAUAUAAGCAGUUUUAAACAGCUCUUCAGAUCAUGCACAACUAAAUUAGACGAAGAAAUGGAUUCAUGCAAAGCUUUCUUUAGUAAAUCACCUGCAAAUCAUGUAAAUUGGAAAAAAACAGCAAAAUAUUCACUCAAAACUAUUCACUUUCACUUAUGGAUGAUUUAAUGAAAAUAAAAAGUUCCUUAUUGAUAAAUGAUAAAGAAGUCCUGUCGCAUUGUAAAUUAACAUUUUAGCAGUGCUGAUUAAAUAGUUUCGUAAUAACGAAUUUAGGUUGCUGUAUUAUUGCAUAGAUAGUAGAUGGGUCUAAAAAAUAUUUGCUAUACUAAUAAAUUCUUGUGAGUUUGCAUAAGCCCAUUUAAAGUCGAGCUGAAUUUGUUAAAAAAAUCGAUAUUCAUGCAUGCUUUUUGAAAACAAUUGAAAACUAAAGUCUUGAGAACUCAGGUUUUUACAAAGAGUUUACAAAAUGAAUUUCAAUAAUGCUUUGACAGUGACAAACCCAAAAGAAGAAAAAAGAAAAAAAAGGGAAAGCAAGCAACGCCAACAACCACAACACAAUAACAAAACAAAAACAACACUAAUGCUUCCAAGCAGCAAAGCAACGAAAAUUACAAUUGUUAAAUAUUAGAUAGGGUAUUUUUACAUAACAUGCUAAAAGAAAGAUGAGAAUGUGCCUUGUUUUUGCUGAAUUGGUCAGUCAGCUUACGUAACUACGUUCUUCAAACUUACAUAUAGGUGCUUUUCACAACACAGAGAAAAUGAUCGUUUUACAUCAUUUCUAUGAAUGAUGCUAUUGAAUGCAAAACCUUUACAUCAGAUUACCUUUUGUCAAGUCGGCUUAAUAAAUUUGAUUUGCAGUUAACAAUUUCAAAAAUCAAUGGUUUACUAAAUAAUAGAACGGUACACGUAAUACUCGAAUUCUAUGGCACCUGUGGGACAUGCAGCACGCAGCAGUUCGUGUCACUAUAUGCUGUGAGUAAAACUGGAUGUUUCAAAUUGAAUUUUGCCUUCUAGAUAGGACGACGCCAUUACCCGGAAAGAGCAACGGGUCUAUCGAUGCAAAGCUUGCGCUUAUUCCGCUGUAAAGGCUCAAAAGGACCGCCAUGUUACAAUUUAACAGAAGCUAAUUCAACAUAGCUAACUGGAAUCGGCUGAAAUAGCUAAGACGUGUUUCUUGGCAAAGAUUUUAUUUACAAUUACGUGCUUUGUGGCAAAAGGUUUAAUUUGGGAAAUUUUCAGCCAAUAAAGCUAAAUCUAUUAAGGAAAUAAGUUGCUAACGAUUCAUCUUUAACCAAAAGUUUUUGUCUUUGACAAGCUUCAAUCUAAGAGAAGACUUUUAAACAAGAUUCAAAAGUCUUUUUUUCAACUCUGUUAAUGUUUAUCAUGACUUGUUCUCAGCAAAUGCAAAUGUACACCUGCCUCUUUCAGGAUCUUGCAAGCUCUUGCAAGUACUUGCAGGAUCUUGCAGGGUCUUGCAGUGACUUGCAGGAUCUUGCAGGAUCUUGCAGGAUCUUUCAGGGUCUUUCAAUGACUUGUGAGGUGUUUAGAGCUCUUAAAAAUACUACCUUGCAUGACCUUCAAACUAUUCAAUAACUUGGUCCGAAACUCAAGUCAGUAAAAAAGGCAAUACCGUUGCAUUGCUGAUCUUUUCAGCAAUAGUCGAUAAGUAGCCAUAUGAUAGUCUACUUUAAUUGAGUGUCAGCUUGCAGGAGAUGCGAAUCCGCGCCAAUAAAUUGAAAGGUAGUUUACGCAUGCGUCAGCCAUAAAUGACUAUCGGUUCCAGCCUGGAUUCCUAAAUUUGCUACAUGUUGGAUUGCCGGGGAAACUUUGAGGCGCUUUUGGUACUGGGGUUUGCAAGACUUGUGACCGAGGAAUUUAAUGAGGCGAUCUAACCAGGGGGACAGUAAUUUUGUACCGGGGAGGAUCUUGCCUUGCCCGGGGCAGGAUUUUGCUUAAAUUAUUUCACCGGGGAAUUCGCCGGGGCAGGAUUUGCCGGGGCACUUAGACAUGGAUGUUUGUAAGGUCUUACUGCGUACUCAGGAGCUACUAUGCCUAUAAUGCUGUUGCACAUAGGCAUGGCGUAUCAUGAUACAAAUUAGAAUUUGUUUUAAUUGAUAUCGAAUUAUGGACUAAGCUGCCUAAAUAUACACAAAACAUAGUCAAAUUGUUUGUUUCAUUAUCGGAUAUACUUGCUUGAAAAGAGAAAAGCAAAAUAAAAGUGGAAAUCUGAAAGGAACUUUGUCUCGAGACGAGAAUCACGAAAAGCUUAUCACCACUGGAGAUUGAGAUAAGAAUUUUUCAUGACUCAUUCUCGAAAACGUCCUGUUCUAAAAAGACUGCUUAAACAUGCGGGUUACCUUUAUCUCUCACGUGUUUUUCUCAAACGGGUAUAGCUCAUAACAAUUUGAAUCCAAAAUUUUUUUGAAAGAAUUAACUAGCGAGAUCUGGGAGAAUUGUUGGUUCUACUUGGAGAUAAGUCUCAAAUCCUCUUAAGCAGAGCUUAGAAACAAAACGGUCAGAGGUCAAAAACUGUGAGCAAGGCAAAUGCAAAUGCCACUGAAAUGCUGCAACUAAACCCUACCUUGCUAAUUUUUAUCGGUGAAACUUUUUCAGAGAAUGAUAUCAUCUAGAUGAAUAGAGUUCUCAAGUGUGACGUCAAAAAAGCACUUCUUUUAGAAUUUUUGAAUUUUGACCACAUAACAUGAAAGAACACUAUAAAAUACUUCCAUAUAUGCAAUAUAAGUUAAAUUUGUAAACAAUUUGGUGAGCUAUGGUAAAUAGAAGAUUUGAAGUUCGCCAGCGGAUUACUGUUAUUUUGGCUCAGUUCAUAAAGUUUUGAACUGAGACCAAAUUACAAAGGUUUGAUGGGGUCAGAGCUUGUGUUGUGCUCAUCUGGACUCAUCUCAGCCGAUUCGUAAUACCUCUAACUGGUUUUGCAGAUAUAGAGGUAUUUCAAAAUGCUCUUUCAGGUUAUGGGGAAAAAAUUCAAAAAUUCUAAAAAUAGAUUUUUGUGACGUAAUCAUUUUACAACUCUAUUGUUGGGGUUUUUGGCGGGCCUAAUAGUAUUUUAUUUCCAACCUAUUUUCCUCCAUGUUUCAAGUUUCGACUACCUAAAGCUAGUACGUGUGCAGUUUACCUACAAGGAGGGGGGUAUGUUCAGUUUAUUUCAAACUUAUCUUCUCCUCAACAAAAACGGACUCUGCUUUUUAGGUAGAUGUUUAUCGAAUUUUUGUUUGAAACAAAAAGCAAAGAAAACUCAAAGUAGGUGAAAAUGUUAUACUGAAUACAGAUCACUACAUUCUGCUAUAUAUCUACAACUAAAGGCGAAUUUUAACAGUUCACACUGCAAAUUACAAUGCUGGAGAUUUGUAGGGUCGGUAAGAUUCUAAAUAGUAUUAGUAGCAUUGGUUUGAGGAGUGAUUACUUACAGAAGGCAGAUAACAGAUUUCAGUUCUGUAUUCUCAUUACAAAAAUAUUUGUCAGAUAAACACGAGACCAUAAGUACUGCCUUUCUAGAAGAUUCUUCCUUUAAACUUUUCACAGCUCAACGAUUAUUUUGUUAUUGAGAAUGUCUUUUGAACUUUUUUUGGAACAGCUCUAUUGACAAAAUCUUUUCCAACAUAAGCUAAAUUUCGGAGCAUUUUAUCAAUUCACCACCUUCAUGAUAUAUAAUGGGUGUGCAUGGUUGAUGGAUUCAAUCUUCAUCAGUAUAAUGCCUUAUGGAUCUUACUAAAAAUGAUGAAAAUGAAGAUGUACAUGAGGCGGUUAUUCUCGAAGCAUUUUUGCACUCUCCUGUUUAAAAGUUUAGAUGAGAUUUGAAGAGCUGGAAUACGUAUUUAAUCAUAUCUCAUAUUUCACUUGCCGCAAAUUUAGAGGUCUAGGAAAGAAUUGAUGAAAUUAUUUUCAAGCAAGUGAAUAGUUAUCAGAGGUCAAAAACUGUUCUGCUAUUCGCUAAUAGUUUAAAGCGCCACAAAUCGUUUCUUCAUUUAAAGUUUAUCGCAGGUGCUUUAACUUAUUCUCAUCACAUGCAGUGAGGUAACAGCGCCUGGCACCAUUGAAUCAAGAUCUGAAAAAGAAGCUUUUUAAAGAAAACAGCAAAAUAAAGGUAGUUUUAGCUCAAGGUUUUUAAAGUAAGGUUGUAUGGAAUAGCAAGAAAAAGCUGGUGACUGCGAUAACAUCGUGGCUAUGCAGAGUAAUCUUUUGUUCUUAAUUUGACGUCAUUGCAACAUUAAUCAUUAGGUUAAUCUGACGUUAAGUAUUUACAUGCUGAAGACACAGAGUAGCCAACUCACUUGUGAAUGUCAUUAGUUGGCAAAGAAGUCGAUAAAAACUUUUGUGGUUGUUCAAACAUAUGAUAGCAUGGCUUCAAAACAUAGCCUAGAAGAUUUACUGAAUCUAUCACUUGGAACUCCUGAGAUAGGUGCAGUGAAUUUCAAUUAUUUAUAUGAAGUCAUACAUGAGAUACUGAAACAUCUUGGAAUUGCCAAUAAGCAGGCCGGUACUGUAGAGGAUUUUGAUUAUCGUGUUCAGUCACUUUCUGGCAGAUCAACACCACUGCCAGAAGUUCAAGAAGAAAGUAAUGUUGAAACUGACAACGCUGCUCUUAAAUCAGAAAAGGCUAUUAAAAAUGGCGAUGAACAAAAUAUGGCUAAGGAAAAUGACCCCAAGUCGUCUUCAAAUUUGUCAGACAUCAAAGAGCCCACUAUCUUUGACGAAAAUCGGCAACAAGGCUCUCAUCAAGACAUUUCCAAGAGGCGGAGCUCGCAUUCAGAUGAGCAAAAUCAUGUUUCAAGGGACCAGAAAGAUGAAACAUCACUCGCAAGUAGAAAAAGUUCUGAAAAGAAACUUCCACAGGAAGACACCUCCGAAAAGAAUACCCAUGCAAGCCAAAAUAAGCCUACAUCAGCAAAAUCAAGCAACGGCACUGAAAGGGUUGUGCGCCGCCAAUCCGUGAGCCCAACUGGAUAUACAGCAUCAAGACGAGGAUCAAAUGCAAGUGCUGGAUUCCCCGAGAGACGCUUAUCUCUUGUCGCUAAUGCCAAUGAUGGUACAAUCCUUAGCAAUCAAGAUAUCUUAUUGAUCAACAGGUCACUGGAUCGAAGAGACAGCAAAACACCGGCUGGUGACAUGUGGCAAAUCUUGAAUGUAAACAGGCGACUUGAAGCGGCUGAGGCAACGAUACAGGGGAUGACUGGUCUCAUUGACAAUCUUUCAACUGAUAUCAGUGAAAUAAGAGGCAGCAUUAACUCAGCAAAAGAUACUGCAAAUGAGAGCAAGAUUGUACCAAAGGAUGAUCAAGGAAUGCAAGUCAACAAAGAGUACUUUGAUCAAGUGUCAACUUCUAUUCAAAACAUGGAAGAUUUCAUGAAGACUUGUGCGACAAAAUCUGAUCUCAGUGAUUUUUGCUCAUUAUCCCAAGUUGAAUCUUUGAUCGAAGAGCGACUUUCUAGUCAGCCUGCACUUACAGCUUCAGAGCAGCCUCCUAAACGAAAAGAAUCACGAACAAAGCUUCUUCAAGAUGCUUUAAGUAGAAUCAUGAAACUGGAAGAAGGAAGCAUUUUCCUAAAUGAAGAAUUCGAGCGCAUGAAAUCCGCUUUGUCAAUGAAGGCAGAGAAGGAGGAUCAGGAGAAAGUUGCUCAACUUGAAACUCAAGUAGCCGAAUUAAAGCAAGAUAUGAUUAUGAUGCAACCUGUAGCUAGAGAUGUAAAUGAAAUGAAAGAGCAAAUCAAGAAUAUGUCUGAAACUGCAGAUACACUUAAGUACAUAUCUGAUCAAAUUGGCAAAGAGCAAUCUGAAACGUCCAGUAACAUCAGCAAGAUAGGAAAAGAACUGGAAACACUGACUGACACAGUUCAUACAAAAAUGGGAUCGGUAGUAAAUACUUACGCAGCGAAAUCAGAGCAAGAUGAUAUUUCAAAGUUAAAAACGAUGCUCUCAGCCUUAAAAGAGGAACAUAGCUCACUUGACGACGAAUUUCUCAAGCUAAGAAAAGAAUUGAAAGAAGGAAGUAAGAGAUUUGAGCUGAUUGAAGGUGCCAUAGAAGACGUGAAGAUCAAAAAGCUUGGCAAAGAUGAAAUAGAGAAAAUGCUGAGCCUAAAAGCCGACAAGAGUCAAAUUGAGGACAAGAUAACCCAACAGCAGUUUGAUUCCUGUAUGGUUCAUUUGGACAAAAACAUCCAGGAUGUUAUGCAGAGAAUUGAUGGGCAGGAAACAAUACUGAAGCAGUUUAUUUGCAAGUUGGAAACCAGGCUUGAAAAAACAAUAGGUCAAGAUGACUUACAAAAGUUGAAAGACAACCUAGAAAAUCGCAUGAAAACGUUCAAGGUGAGCGUUCAAGAACCAAUGUCACCUGAAGACGGGGCUGCCGGAUUUCGCAAGCCAUUACUGCGAAAUUUCCACUGCAUUUCUUGUGACAGACCCCUAGAAAUGUUGCAGGAAGAUGUAAUGCCAACAUUGCCAAUGUGCCAAGCGCUUCCUGGCUCAAGGGCCAUCCGUCCGUACACAACAUUUGAGCUGGAGCAGAUAAGAAAACAUGUUCGUGGCACUGGUAGCAAUAAGGAUCGAUAUGAAGCAGCGCAGGAGCGAGAGAGACUUCAGAAACAGCUGCUUCGAUUGUGUGGAGCCCAUGAUCUUGAUGAGCUUACAGCCAGAAGUGCUAGAUCUUGUGGUGGAUCACACACACUUUUAGACCCUCAAAAGAAAUCUGUUGUUAAGACAACACUUUAUUAUCGAGAAGAUUCAUUGCAAAUUCAAGCAGCUACUGAGCCAGUUUUUGAAAAGGAUGUCAUGGGCAGAGAUGGUCAUAUUUACAAAGGGCGAAAUGAACAUCUUCCUCCAAUAGUGCAAAAAGAGAUAACUGUUGGACAUCCACAAAAUGACAUGCCUAUAAUGCCAAGACCAUCAAUUCAACAAAGCAGAGCUGAAGUUGAUAUGCUGGCAAGUGGAUUCAAUGCACAGCAACUGGCUGCUCAAAAACUUGCUUAA